AUGGAGACGAUAUUGCAGAUUGUUUUGAUUGAUGCGACUCUGUACAUCGAGGACUCGAUCCUCAGCAGUUCUGGACCUGCGAGCUACGAUACGGAAGCGGAAAAUGUCACGAACAAAAGCUACAAGGUCAAGCGAGCGGUGUGUUGCCCAGCUGCGCCACCGCAGGACGGCGAGGCCAUGAACUCCGAAAACGACACGCCCUGCUUCGGCGGUGCGCCGGAGCGGGGCGCCGCCGCCGGGGUGCUGACGGUGUCGGAGGGCGGCGACCGGUUGUCCAUGACUCGGGACCGGACCCCGACAAUGGCGGGCGCCUGCGCGGCCGCGCUGGCCGAGGACAGCUGGGUCUCCAGGCCACCGCCAGUGCCCGACGUGGCGCCCGGCGGCGAGGUGGCGCUCCGAGCAGACGGCCAGAUUUGCACGGCGGACGCCGCGCCAGUGCCAGAGUUCGGAGGGCCCGCGUCGUCCCUGAACGGCGCCGGGCCCGGCGCUGCCUCCGCUGCGGCUUCCUUUACGGCAUCGCUGCCGGCGCUGGCGCCCACGGGCGACCGCCAUGCGGGGAGCCUGGCCGCUGGGCGCCGCGGGGGUGGUCUCUCGAAGUUGUCGCACUUCAUCGGGUCACUGGUCCUGUUCUGCCCUGCCACCUUCCACGAGCGGAUCGGCUGGACACCCGGCGGAGCCCUGGCCCACCUUGCCGUUCACUUAGGUGGCAUCAAGACACGCAUUGCACCACAGAUGCUGCACGCCGAGGGUCCAAGGGACCACUGCUUCUCCGGGCCCGCGCUGGAGACGGAGCCAGAGUCGGAGAGAUGA